AUGAAGGACCUCUCAACCCUUCCGCAGAUCAUCCAAGGCCUCGUUCUUGGGAACCUCUGGGAAGCAGAGCCGAAUCACUCCGUGCCGCAGACAUGCAAGACAUUCUGCGGCUUGUGGAGGCAGUAUGGGGCAGCUAAGGCGCUUCUCACUUCCGAUAGUGCGACCACAUACUUCUUCAGGUUGUGGCUUGCAGAGUUCAUGACGGGUCAGGCCUUCACAACGCAGAGUGCUUCAGGCCCACCAGACAGCCCCAUGUUUCACUUCGUUGCCAAAGUGCAGACAGAAGGCCAGUUGUCUGAAGCACCGAGAUACCUCGACUGCGGUGACAGCUUGAGUCUUUACUUGGCGAGACUGAACCCACCAGAUAUUGAAUCAGAGCGCCUCCAGCGCCUUUGGGACAAAGUGGCUGCUGUUCUGCGUGGCGAGCAGCUUACGGAUGCCAGCCUCCUGUUGGCUUAUGCUCAGAAUUCGGAGAGUAUGGCUGCGGCUUUAGUCGUGCUCUUGAGGGACUCAUCAGGCUUGUCGCUCUUGCGAUGUGAUGGGGACUGCGCCUACAACGAAGUGCAUAUCUCAGCACACGGAGUCGCGGCCCGCGGGUUACGCAAAGUGAAGCAAGCAUGGAAAUGGAGAGCCAUCUUGGAAGACGCCAUGGACAAACUCUUCCAGAGCCUGAGCCUGAAGACCUCUUGGAGUGAAGAAUGGGAGUCGCAGAUGGAUUUUGACUUCGAAGCCGAUGAUGCCAUGGAUUCCUACCUCGAGAAGCUUUGGAGUGGUGAUGGUGAUUGA